ACUCUUUGUCUAUGAAAUUACAAAGUGAAAUUUUAACACUCUUGUUGUAUCUGAAAAUGCAAUAUCUAUAUUGUGAAAUUCUUGUUUAAUACGAUUAUCAAUCCUGAGUUUGAAUUUUCAUACGAUAAGCUUCUAAAUAUUGUUGAAAAUACAAAACUUGUGCAGGACACCAGGCUUUUAAAUUGUGCUUAUCAGUUUCUGCCAUUCAUAUAUAAUCAAACUGUCACUGCAAUCAUGAUAUUAUUUCCGUAUCGUAAGCUUGGAACUUUGUUGCGACUUCCACUGAAUAACAAUAACAUGAGUCUGUGCUCGUUCACGUCGGCCACGCAGGGCGUUCACAGCAAAAAAUUUCGUCACAGCAAAAUUAAUGUACGUCGAUGGCACAUGUUGAGUAGCUUUAAUCAACCAAGAAGAGUUCCCGUUUCAGUAACAAACCGCGAAAAUAUCUACCGAGCUCACGCGUCUACUGAAGCAUCUCCAGCAACGGACACCGAGCCAGUGCAUAAGUACGAGACGAUACCCGGUCCAGCCCCGAAACCAGUCCUGGGAAACAGGUUCAUAUUCAGCAAGUACGGGGAGUUUCCUCUGCAUCGAUUCUGGGACUCGGUGUUCAAGAUGCGCUCACGUCACGGAGACGUCGUGAAGAUUGCGGCGGUGAAGCCAGGCCUGGACAUGGUGUGGCUCUUCAACCCUGAGCACAUCAGGAUGCUUUAUAAGGCAGAGGACCAGUGCCCCAUCAGGCCGCCGUUUGAUCUGCUGCAGGCGUACCGUCGCUCCCGACCUGAGGUCUUCACCUCGGCAGGGCUGGUCAACGGUAAUGGACCGGAGUGGAAACGAUUAAGGAAAGCGAUUCCAAGUUUGCUAAAAUUCCAGACGAUUGCUUCUUACAGAGAACGGCAGGCUUUGGUAGCGCAUGACUUGGCUACCGCCAUCAAGUCACAUUCUUCCCAUAACAACACAGCAAUAUCGAAAGAUCCUUCUUGCAACUUGGUUCCUUCAAAGUCAACAAGAACCAAGUCAACUUCUUUCAAAAGUUCUCAGGUGCUUCCAGAAAACCAAACUUUUUGUCAAAGAAUUGCCCACGAUAUUCCUGACGUGAUGCAGCUUCUUUUCCGGUACACGCUUGAAGCUGUGGGUGUGGUGGCGCUCGGUCGAUUCCAGGGCUGCCUGACCCAAAACAACACCGGUGCCGCUGAGAUCAUCACAGCCAACGAGAAUUUCCUUACGUCUCUGGGGGAAAGCAUCUUUGCCUUGCCACUGCACACCAUCUUCGCCACGCCGAACUACAGGAGGCUCAGAGACGCGCACGACCAUAUCAACAGAGUUGUGGAAGCGUCCUUCUUGGACCUCGAGUCUGCGUUUCAGGAGUCGCCUUCCAAACUGGAGCGCGAGCAGCCUUUUGUAUGGUCGCUGAUGACCAACUCGCAACUGUCCAGGCAGGACAGACUGCUCAUCCUGAUCGAGGUCUUCAUGGGUGGCAUUGAUGCCACGGCGUCAACCUUGGCUUUCUGUCUCUACUUCUUGGCUCGCUCCCCGCACUGGCAGGAAGAACUUCACCGAGAAGUACGCGGCCUCAACCUCACAUCCGACAGUCUACAAGACUUGCCAGUGCUACGAGGCGUGCUGAAGGAGAGCUACAGGCUGCGGCCGUCACCCUCAGGAGUGGCACGUAUCCUACAGCGAGAUGUCGUCGUAGGAGGCUAUGAGAUCAAGCGAGGAGUGCUGGUGCAGGCCAUUCCUUUCUUAGCGUCGCGAGCUCCAACGCAGUUUGCGGAUCCCGAUGUUUUCAAUCCGGGCCGCUGGAUCAGACGGGAUUUGCAGACGAAAGACGGCGAACGUGAUCUGCUCAGCCAAUCCUUCAUCAUGGAGGAUGAGACGAGCAGAGAGGCAGACCCCGACGCUUCUUCUGACGCUGCAACUGCUGGCAAUCACCCGGGCUUCAGAGAGACAGGCCUGGGUCAGGUCCUGAGACUCAACAUGAUGCCUGCUGCUCCAAUUGCCAUUCGCUUUAUUGAACGCCACUAGAUGCGUUCCAAUUGCCAUUCGCUUUAUUGAACGCCACUAGAUUCGCUCCAAUUGCCAUUCGCUUUAUUGAACGCCACUAGAUUCGCUCCAAUUGCCAUUCGCUUUAUUGAACGCCACUAGAUCCGCUCCAAUUGCCAUUCGCUUUAUUGAACGCCACUAGAUCCGCUCCAAUUGCCAUUCGCUUUAUUGAACGCCACUAGAUUUGCUCCAAUUGCCAUUCGCUUUAUUGAACGCCACUAGAUUCGCCACCAUUGCCAUUCGCUUUAUUGAACGCCACUAGAUUCGAAUGCAAUUCCCUGUGUGCUUGUCAGUGUAUCGUUCACACUUACAUUAAUCACUAUUUUUUAAUUAUACAUGUGAAAUUUGGAUGCAUAAACUUAAUUCUAGAAGUCGGAAGUUCAUUAUAAACAGUAAAAUUAAAUUCUGUUUGGUUGUCAUAUGUGCGUUUUUCUUGAAUUUUUGGCAUGAUUCAUUUCAAUGUUUCCAACGAGAUUUUUAUGCACAUCAAUGAUGAAUGCUAAUUUUAUUUCCGCAUGUCCAAUUUAAGUUGUUCUAAAGAAAUAUAAUACUUGCUGAAUAUUUGUAAUUGUCAACAUGUUUUCGAUAUGCAUUUUGUGAAAUUUAAAAAUUGAAUCAAUAAAUUUCGCUAACUAAUCGCCUCCUGAUGCGAAAACAUUAGUUAUUGUGAUUAAAGAUCAUGAAAACAACAUAAAAUACACUAUAUCCUUUUAGAACAAAGGGAAAAUUUUCCAGUUUCGCAAACACAGUUUGUUUCUAGCCGUCCCAGCAUCGGUACAGCUGGACGCAGCCACCCAUCCAUCAGAUGUCGGGGUCUGGAAAUUGAAAGGCGGGCUUUCGCCUUGAUGAUCGAAUGCACGCAAUAUGGAUGAAAACGCCAAUAAAUAAAUUUUCAUGUCUACGGAUAUAAGUUUUAACAUUCAAAUCCUGUCCUUAUAUAAGUCACUUUUUGGGGGGUGGUUUAGGGUAGGAAAA